AUGGCUCUUCCCGGAGAACGAUUCCACGUGCUCGCCCAAUUGGAGCAUCUCCAAUCUAAGUAUACCGGUACAGGCCACGCCGACAUGAACAGACACGAAUGGGUAGUAAAUCAACAUCGUGACACUCGAGCUUUCCAAAUGUCGCAUCCCGGAAUGAACACAUACAUCGCAGUUGUGGAGAACGAAAGCCGUGCACGCACAAGAUUCAAUUUGAUAAACCGGAUGAUUCAGCCAUGUGGUCCGCCACCAGAAAAGAAUCCACUCGAUGAUGUUUAA